GGGUGGAUGGGGCACUGUUUCCAUUGCUUACCACAGGAAAUCUGUGCAGGGUUUAAAUACAAGCCAGAGCCUCUUUUGUAAGCAGCUUUUGUGAAAGUGUGUGAAGAGCGUAGCAGCAUGGUCAGCCGCGUGGAGCAUCCUGCUGCCAGCUACAAGAAGAUCUUUGAGUCUGUGGAGGAGCUGAAUGAACCCAUACCAGCAGUUAUCACUGGUGUUAUCCCGUCAUGGCUGGGGGGAAGUCUUCUGAGGAUGGGUCCAGGUCUCUUCGAGGUGGGAGAUGAACAUUUCCAGCACCUGUUUGAUGGACAGGCUCUCAUCCAUAAGUUUGACCUGAAGAACGGUCGGGUGACUUAUUACCGGAAGUUUAUUAGGACAGAUGCUUAUGUUCGGGCCAUGACAGAGAACAGAGUUGUCAUCACUGAGUUUGGCACGGCAGCCUACCCAGACCCCUGCAAAAACAUCUUCUCAAGGUUCUUUACUUACUUCAGAGGCAUUGAAGUGACAGAUAACUGUUUAGUGAACGUCUACCCGAUUGGUGAAGACUUCUACGCAGUCACUGAGACCAACUACAUUACAAAAGUUGACCCUGAUUCACUGGAGACAUUAAAAAAGGUGGAUCUUUGUAAGUACCUCUCAGUGAAUGGGGUGACCGCCCACCCCCACAUUGAACCAGAUGGCACGGUCUACAACAUUGGUAACUGCUUUGGCAAGAACAUGAGUCUGGCUUAUAACAUUGUUAAGAUCCCACCUGUUCCGAAAGAUAAAUCAGACCCCAUAGAGAAGUCCCAAGUGUUGGUCCAGCUGCCAAGCAGUGAGAGGCUUAAACCCUCCUAUGUACACAGCUUCGGUAUGACAGACAACUAUUUUGUAUUCGUGGAGCAGCCGGUGAAGAUCAACCUGCUCAAGUUCUUGUCAGCUUGGAGCUUCAGAGGAGCCACAUACAUGGACUGCUUUGAGUCCAACGCCAGCAUGGGGACAUGGUUCCACUUGGCCAGUAAAGAGCCAGCGGGUUAUCUGAGUAGUCACAAGUUCAGAACAUCAGCAUUCAACCUCUUUCACCAUAUUAACGCCUAUGAAGACGAAGGAUUCAUCGUUGUCGAUCUCUGCACGUGGAAAGGUCAUGAAUUUGUGUAUAACUACCUGUACCUGGCUAAUUUGAAAGAGGAGUGGGAGGAGGUGAAGAAAGCAGCUGCACGAGCUCCACAGCCCGAGGUCAGACGAUAUGUCCUUCCACUGGAUAUUCACAGAGAGGAUCAGGGGAAGAAUCUGGUAUCUCUGUCGUACACUACAGCGACCGCUGUUCUUCACAGCGACGGUACUAUCUGGCUCGAACCUGAAGUGCUGUUUUCUGGACCAAGACAGGCUUUCGAGUUUCCACAGAUCAACUAUUCAAAGUGUUGUGGGAAGAAGUACUCCUUCGCCUACGGCCUGGGACUCAACCACUUCAUUCCUGACAGGAUCGUCAAGCUGAAUGUGCAGACCAAAGAGACCUGGGUGUGGCAGGAGGAGGACAGUUACCCAUCAGAGCCACUGUUUGUGCCGUCACCCGGAGCUACAGAGGAGGAUGAUGGUGUGUUGCUGAGCAUUGUGGUAAAGCCAGGUGCGCAGAGACCAGGUUCCCUCCUGGUGCUGGAUGCCAGAAACCUGACAGAGCUCGCCAGGGCAGAGGUCAACACUAUCAUCCCCAUCACCCUGCAUGGGACUUACAAGCCAUGAAGCUGCGUUUCUUCCAAACAGCAGCGUACCACCCUGGCAUCAGCACUCCCACUGACCAACGACAUGUACGUGUCUUCUCUUCUCAUAUUACAUGUAGUUUUUAGUUGAUAUAAGAUGAUCUUUUUAAAUUUUAUGUGAAUGUGUAAUUUCCCUUUUUGGUUAA